AUGUAUACAUCAUCUGAGUACCUGGUUGUGAUAUAUACAACAGCUGAGUACCUGGUUGUGAUGUAUACAACACCUGAGUACUUGUUUCUGAUGUAUACAACACAUGAGUACCUGGUUGUGAUGUAUACAUCAUCUGAGUACCUGGUUGUGAUGUAUACAACACCUGAGUACUUGGUUGUGAUGUAUACAACACCUGAGUACUUGUUUGUGAUAUAUACAACACCUGAGUACCUGGUUGUGAUGUAUACAUCAUCUGAGUACCUGGUUGUGAUGUAUACAACACCUGAGUACCUGGUUGUGAUAUACACAACACCUGAGUACCUGGUUGUGAUGUAUACAACACCUGAGUACCUGGUUGUGAUGUAUACAACACCUGAGUACCUGGUUGUGAUAUACACAACACCUGAGUACCUGGUUGUGAUGUACACAACACAUGAGUACCUGGUUGUGAUAUAUACAACACCUGAGUACCUGGUUGUGAUAUAUACAACACCUGAGUACCUGGUUGUGAUGUAUACAUCAUCUGAGUACCUGGUUGCGAUGUAUACAACACCUGAGUACCUGGUUGUGAUGUAUACAACACCUGAGUACCUGGUUGUGAUGUAUACAACACCUGAGUACCUUGUUGUGAUAUAUACAACACCUGAGUACUUGUUUGUGAUAAAUACAACACCUGAGUACCUGGUUGUGAUGUAUACAUCAUCUGAGUACUUGGUUGUGAUGUAUACAUCACAUGAGUACCUGGUUGUGAUAUAUACAACACCUGAGUACCUGGUUGUGAUAUAUACAACACCUGAGUACCUGGUUGUGAUGUAUACAACACCUGAGUACCUGGUUGUGAUAUACACAACACCUGAGUACCUGGUUGUGAUGUAUACAUCAUCUGAGUACUUGGUUGUGGUGUGUACAACACCUGAGUACUUGUAUGUGGUGUGUACAACACCUGAAUACCUGGUUGUGAUAUAUACAAUGCCUGAGUACUUGGUUGUGACAUAUACAACACCUGAGUACCUGGUUGUUAUAUAUACAUUACCUGAAUACCUGGUUGUGAUAUAUACAACACCUGAGUACUUGGUUGUGAUGUAUACAACACAUGAGUUGUCUGUUGAGCUGUUGUGA